AUGGAUUGUAAAAUUGUCGUUCUUGGAGCGGGUGGUGUUGGAAAGACUGCUCUAGUAAUUCAGACAUAUGAUCCAACAAUUGAAGACUUAUAUCGGGGACGAGCAGUAAUUGAUAAUCAACCAUGUGUUCUAGAAGUACUGGAUACUGCAGGACAACGUGAAUAUAAUGCACUCCGUGAUCGCUGGAUCAGUGGUGGUGAAGCUUUUAUUAUUGUCUAUUCUAUCUCUUCUCGUUCAACAUUUGAAAGAGUUAAAGAAUUUCGAGACCAAAUACUACAUGUCAAAAACUCUGACAAAGUACCAAUUAUACUUGUUGGUAAUAAAAGUGAUAAAGAAUAUGAGCGAGAAGUUACAAGAGAAGAAGGAAUAUAUAUGGGAAGGGAAUUGGGUUGUGAGUUCAUUGAGACUUCAGCAAAAAAGUGUAUAAACGUGGACAAAUCAUUUCACACAGUUGUUCGAACGUUGAUAAGGAUGAGAAGUGGAAGAGAAAAUAAAAAAACAGUGUCGCCAAAAAAGGAUAGAAUAAAAUUCUUUAAAACAUCUAAAGAUCCUAUUCAUCUUUAUGAUUAUAAAUCUUUUAGUAAUUCAGUGGUUAUUGAUGAUGGAGCAUUUGGAACGAUUUCUCGUGCAUUUUCAAGAAAACAUAACAAACUUGUGGUGUUGAAAUCCGUUGAUUUAAAACAUUUUACUCUUGAGCAACUUGAUAACGAGUUGAAAUUACAUUUCAAGGCAAAACUUCAUGAUAAUAUAUUAGGAUUUUACGGUAUAACAAAAGAAGAUUUAAAUGAUACUAUCGAAGAUAUAGACAAAUAUUAUAAUGAAAACGGGGGAAAUAACCAAUUUGAUUUUAAUUUAACCGGACAAAAUAAUAAUGUAUUACAAAGUGAUGAUUUAUCAAGCUCAAAGGAUAUUUCAAGCUUAAUACUAGAGAGAAUUAAUAGUUUAGAAAGGCAGUUAGGUAACUUUGGUGAUCCUAAAUCAAAUCAAGAUGAUGAAAAUAUAAGUUAUAAGAAUGGGGAUACUAAAUCAAAUCAAGAUUAUGAGAAUAUAAGUUAUAAGAAAAGUCGGUGUAAAUGUGUGGUACUUUAG